UGUCACACACCGCACCUCUCUCUGCCGCGGCGUUUCUUCAUGAGGCCGCGGCCUUGCAAAAUACUCGUCACGAUGCAACAAUGAACGGUGGUUCUCCAUAUGCUCUGUACUCCUGGCAUGAGUUCAUUCGUCGAACAAAGUGAAUCGAUCAGCUUUUCUGUCGGUCGAACGGUUUGCCCGCGUCGAUACCAAAGUAGGAACAAAGACCCACUGCCUCUUCACUCUAACGACAGGGCAAUGGGGAUUCCGUCACUCGUCAUCGCUGUGCACUGGCAUGCAAUCUGGGGGUGGUGAUAUCAGCACCAGGGUCGACUCUGACAUCGUCCGACCAGCUCACUUGCUCGGUUCAAAUGUCAUUCAGCCGAGCGGCUUCGGACUCUUCCAUGCGUUCGAUACACCUCCAGUGCUCGAUCAUCUUCGCUGCACGCGCACCACAAAACACCACCAAGCCUACAUGGCACCGCGAGCGCAUCCGAUCUUGCGUCCGUUGUCGUGUCCGUUCGCCUGGAAACAUGAACUCGUCCGUGAUUGGGUGGAUGUUUCGAAGCCCACCGUUCAUCUCGGCAUUCGGCGGAAGCUACCAUGGACGCGCUCAAGAAACGCCGCACGGAAGCGGCCGUGGCAUCUGUACGAUCAAAGGCGAUGAAUAUUAGCGAAGCAGCCAAGGAGUUCCGGCUGCAUCGCAUGUAUAUCGCGCGUCGAUUGCGAGGAGAUGUCGCCAUGUAUUCGAUGCGAGGGUACAGUCGCUUGCUCACGCCGCAACAAGAACAAGUCGUGCUGGAUACCGUGCGCGCGAAGAUUCGACAACUUCAGCGAUGUCUGACGCCCACGGAAAUGGCUGACGUCAUGCGUGAAUGCGUCCAACCUAGCGAUGCUGCGCGCAAACUUCCCAAGAACUUUCCAUCCCAUCGACUCAUCCGCAGCUUUGUCGAGCGGCACAGAAAGAGUACAACGACACGAAAACCCCUUGCGGAUGGCAGCACGAAAGCACCCAUCAAAACCUCUUCGCCUUGGGCCCCAGAUCCAGUCAAAGCCAGUUGAAUUCACAUCUUUAACAUACAUACUCAGG